AUGUCAUCGUCGUCGUCCGCCUUCCCUGCCACCAUGCCAGCGCCGGCCAUGAACGGCGCCGGCGUCCGCUCCGUGUGGGACGACAACUUCAAGGUUGUGUCCGACAUCGUCCGCUCCGUCGCGCGCCGAGCCCGCCACGUCGCGCUCACGGUCCAGUAUCCAGGCUGCCCUUUCGUCGUCCAGAACGCCGGCGAGCGGAAGCCGUACGAGAAGCUCACAGCUGAGGAGAGGUACCAGGAGGUAAGGGCUAACGUCGACGCUCUCAGGCCGAUCCAGGUCGGGCUCGCCAUCCGCGCCGGCGACGGCGACGGCGAGCCGCUCGUUUUCGAGUUCAAUUUGAAGGGUUUCAACGUGAAUAACCCCGCCGACCUGAGGGACCCCAACUCCAUCGAGUAUCUUCAAGCUCGCGGCGUCGACUUCGGUAGGCUACCGCGCGACGGCAUCGAGAGCUGCAGGCUGCGAUGGCUGCUCUGGGACUCCGGCCUGAUCCGGGCACGGCCGUCCUGGGCGACGUUCGCCGGCGGGUACCACGUGGCAUAUGCCGUCGUGAUUCUCACCGGGAGCAAGCUCCCGGACAGCCUCGACGGCUUCACCAAGAGGGUGGCCUCCGUCUUCGGCCGCGGCGUCUACGACGUGAAGAAGAUAUCCAGGGAGCACCACCCGGGGCACACUGGCGCGCUGACGAAACUCGCCGAGCGCCUCGGCAUCGUUCCAGCGGAGCAGGUGCACGGCGUGGUCGCCGGCGCCGGCGCAGCACUGACCCUUCGAGUUUUCGAGACGCUGAAGGAGACGGUCGAAGCUAGCUGCUUGCAGAGGCAAUCCCUCCAGCUCUGUGGUCUCUACUUCAGGUGA